CAGGAAAGGAAAUGAUGGACUUUCGUUACUUUGUGUCAUUCAAUGCUGAGUUCAAAGAUGCAAAGGAGUUGUACUGCAAGGGUCGAGUGGAGUGCUUCUCCCCCAAGUCCAAGUUUAAACUCAUCAGACACCGGGAAAUGCAGGAAGGGGACACUCUCUACUUCUAUCUGAUUGGGUACAGAAAACCAGAGAACUUCCAAAUGGAACGUGUCUAUGAGGUCAAGAAGAAUGAAGAAGGUGACUUGGAAUUCCAAGAGAAAACUUCAAGAGCGGCCCUAGAGAAAGAAGGUCUUUGGUACGACCAACUAGACAAACUUCAAGAAACAAAACCUUGAGUUGGGACUUUUACAAACAAUCUAAAGGAGAAAAGCCUUAAAGAAAACUGCUGAGCAAUAAAAUUUUGUAUUUGUUGACCAUAAAUUGAACAUUUUUAUAAAAUAUAACACAC